AUGAGAGGAUACACUCAGUUUAUUACCUCCUUAUCCAAAUUCAAAUUAACAAAGCCAGAGGACUUAGUUACGAGAGAUACUGUCUCUUUCGUGCUGUCUCCAUAUGGUUUUACAGCGAAUAGAACUCUCAUUUUGGCAUCUUAUAUUCCACAACUCCUUAAAGUUAUUCAAGAUCACAUUCCAUAUACACCAUCUGGUGGCCAGCCUAUUAUUUAUUCGAGUUAUCAAAAAAUCCAAGCUCUUUGGGGAGUAUUACUUCAAUAUGCCGAAAAGGUCGAGCCGAAGUUACCACAAGCAAAUAAGAUCAUCAAAGGUAUUAAUGAAGCAAAAGAUUAUUUCUUAACUCUCGAAAAGACAAUGGUAACCCUUGGAGGAAGCUCUGCCCCAUCCGUUGCUCAGAUUCUUCAGGACGUUCAGAAAUCUGUCAGCUGGGUUGAGAAUCAUGCAAACGCCAUCGUUCAGAAUCUUACAAUUUACGAGCAACAACAAGCUCCAAAAGCACCAAAACUCGAUAAUUCCAAACUCGAACUUUACCACGCUUUAGCUGCUUUUUUAUGUCGCUUUCGACCAGCUUGCUGUUAA